AUGCUUGCCAGAAGCGAGAUUCUUCAGUUUCUCAAUACAUGUGAAAUAGCGAGCUUAUACGUCUUAAAUAAGAGCCAUAAUAAAAGUUUGAAAGCUGAUCGAGCAAUAAAGUCUAGUAUAUGAAGAGGUGACCUCCCAGAUGAAGUCAGAGCCAAGUACUGAAUUUAUCAGUGUCCACUUUACACGUAAAAUACAAUUAGGAGUUCAGGAAGAUUCUCGAAAACUUCUUAGAAUUUCAGAUCCAACCGCUAAUACUUAUGAGCUUAUUCAGUUGCGCAUUGAGCUAGGUGAAGGCUUAGAAGAAAUAGGAUUAAACAUUGACACUGUUAAAAAUGAUAUCGCCAAAGAUAUCCCACGAACCCUUCUUGUCGCUAACUCUAAGCGAGAACAAGAAAAGCUUUUUAGAAUUUUGCUAGCCUUAGCCUAUGUAAAGCCAAGUAUUGGGUACUGCCAAGGAAUUAACUUUCUGGCCUCGGUCAUUUUGAAAGUCGUAAGAAACGAAGAAGUCGCCUUUUGGCUGCUUCUAGGGGUAAUCAAAAAGUGGGAUAUGGAGAACAUGUUUGUGCCUGGAGUCCCUGAUCUCUCUUUGAGAGAGCAUCAAAUGAACCAUUAUUUUAUGAUUUUGCUCCCAGACCUCUAUUCUCAUUUUAGAAGAGCAGGAAUUACUAGCAGCUUUUUUAUUACGCGGUGGUUUAUGACAUUAUUUUCUACUUAUUUGCCUUUUAGCACUCUUGUAAAAGUUUGGGACUGCUUUUUCUUGGAAGGGUGGAAAGUUAUAAUAAAGGUCAGCAUUGCGAUAUUGAAAGAGCUAAAACCGAUGUUUCUUCAAAUGGAUGUGGAAGAAAUUUCAUUUGUAUUGAGGGAUACACAGAAAGAGUUACAUUUAGAUUAUAAAAGUUUAUUAGAAAAAGGAUUUGGGAUUGUGGUUAGUUCAAAGGAGCUGAAAAAUAUAGAAGAAAAUUUUUAUAAGGAUCAAGCUAAUUUGAAAAUGCAAGCAGCAGAGCAUACGCAUACUUUGACAGACCAAGAAAUGAUCAUGCUACGAUGGGCGAAGUCACAGCUGUCAAGCAUCGACCCACCUACCAGGAAAGAUAUAAAGGAGUUUCAAAAAAAGUUGGAAAAGCUAGAUAUUGAUCUAGAGACUUUGCAUAAACAUCAUUUAUCAGUAAGCAUGGAACUCUUACAUGUACAAAAAGAAAUAGAGUCAUUAGCAGAGAAAAAAAGAAAUUAUUUUAGGAUAUUAAAAGAUAUGGAAACAAAGUUCAAACAGUCCAAAUCUUUUUUUAAAAAAUUAGUUCCAGGUAAAAUGAAAAAGAUUUUGUCCUCCAAAACUGGAAAUAAAUUAAAUAUAACCGAAAUUAAACAAGAAGACAUAGCAGAUUGCCAACAAAAAUUGAAUUAUAUCGAACAAGAAUUAAAAGAACUGUAUAUGCAGCAAAAAGAAAAAUAUUCUAUUUAUCGAGACGCUCAAACUCGAGUUGAAGAGCUUAAAGAGAAAAAACAAAGUUACUCUGAGCAGUUAUGUGAAUUUAUUUCACUCCAAAUGGUGAAAAAUGAUAGUAGUCCCAGAAUCAGGCAUACUCCACAUCCAGUUAGUUUUUAA